GGGCGGGUACGUACUCCGUAUAUACAUAGCAGCAAAGAGAGCGAAUACUACUUAGCUAGCAGACAUCUGGAUGAUGCGAGACGGGCUAGAAUCAGCUGCGUUAGGAAAUCGAGGACCACCCUGGCCCCUGCUGCAGAAGGGACCGGCUUCCCACACCCCCCAUCAUGCCGAGAGCAAAGCGCUGGAGAUUCUGCUUCUCGGUCACGUUGCGGGGGCCGCAUUGGCUGGGCCGUCCAAAGCUACUUAGCCAGGUAUCCUUGUGUCGGUCGCCUCAUGCGGUAUAGCGGGCGAGUAGCCCCGGGCGCUGGAUGGUGAGCCACGAAACAAUACCCAGACUGCUGGAAAAUAAAACAACCUCCAAGCCCACUCUUGUCUGGACGCCCCCCCAUGCCUCCCCGGGGGGCUGCAUCUGCCCUUGAUCAUCCCCCGCGGAAGUUCCCUUUCGUAGACUCCUGUAGUGAACCUCUCUUUGCUUGUUGUUCUCAGGGACUAAGCCAACAAAACCCCCCCGGAGAAUUAUAUUCGCCUCCGUCCUCCCCGCCCUCAUAUGCAGGUGCUUCCAAAAGCGAACACCCGAGCCGCAGGAUACACAGAGGAGACGUGGCAGCGACGUCGAUUUCUCAUCUGCCGAGCUGUCGCCAGCCCCGCAGCACUAGGGUCCAGUUGUGCUUCGCGGUGACGGGAGGGAAGGGAGAUUGUGGAGAGGGAAAAGCAAACCGAGAGGACGAGGUGGAGGACACAACACGGGUAGGCCGUUGUGUCUCGUCUCGGCGGGGAAGCACAUCAGUGCAGGACCGCGCAGGACCGCGCAGGACAGGGAGGGACGAGAUAACACACGCCUCAUGCAGCUUCCCUAGCCCUGGUCCCGUUCUCUCGAGCCCGCGCGCAUACACAGGAGUGCACAUGAGGCCGUACCGUUAAAUGGGAAAGAGGGGAACCAACAGGACCACGACGACAAGCCGCGAGGUCACAGCAUAAGCCCUGCGCCGAACGCUCCAGGCGGGCGAUACAUCAUCUUUUCCGGGCAGAGCGUGAACCAGGAAGAAGGCUAAAAGGAAGGAAAAGAAGCCCGCGUGGAAGCAGUCCGGCGAGAGGAGAAAGCUCUUGCGAAGUCGUGAAGCUGGAUCAAAACGCGAAACGACAGCCUCCUCCUCAUCCAUCGCUGCCCCCGAGCGAGGAAGGGUACCACAACUACUUCCGUCAGGGACAAGGCGAAGCGUACUAUCGCCCUCCUCGCCACCACGACCGGCCCGGCGAGCACCACCAGGAGGAGGGCAUAUUCAGCAUCGAGGGCCACAGCCGCAGGAACAGCAGCAGAGAGGUCACGGGGGACGACAUCCGCAUGGCCUCCGUCAUCUCAUCCGGGACGUCGCCCAUGUCUGGGUUCUCCCAGAUGGACGAGGACAUGGAGUCGUGGCAGUUCGAGAUGGAGGGAGGCGGCAACGGCGCCGGGUCGCUCCAGGAGCUAGCCGAGUCGCUCGGCCUGGGCGCCAGCCCGUCGAUCGUGAGCCAGGGGUCAUGGGGUGUUGUUGGGACGGCCGCCCAUCACCAUCAUUUCCAACAGCAGCAGCAACGCCAGCAGCAACAGCAGCAACAGCAUCAGCAGCAACAGCAACAACAUCAGCAACAACAACAACAACAACAACAACAACAACAGCAACAGCAACACAUGCUACUGCAGACACCCUCACCGGUCAGAGACCACGCACUAUCCGGCUCCCCCAUGAACGGCGUGUUCCCCAAUGCGUCCCCAGCCGGCGUGGGCAACGGCGCGGCUGGCUUCGGGUUCGCCGGCUCGCCGAUAAAUGCGCAGCAUCACGUCCCGCAAGGCCAGUUCGUCAUCGAGGCGCUGCAGCACGGGCAGACAUUCGGCAUCGAGGCAAACGCCGCGGCAUUUCUCGGGCCUCCAAGCUCGAUAGGGUUCGACUUCGGCCUGGGCAACUUCGGCAUGUUGCCGGACGCUGGGUAUGGUCAUGGUCUCGAAGAUGCCCAGUCCCAGUCGAUGGUGCACCUGGACAUCCCCACCUCCAUGCAGACAGGCGUCAACGCUUCGCCGCCGUGGACUCACGUCCCAAUGCAACAGGAUUACAACGCGAACAUGGUCCCCGGCUCGUUCGACAGCCACUCAGGCUCGUCCAUCCGCCAGUUCACGCCGCACUCUGGAUCAUCAUCCAUCGAUCUGAGCCCAAAAGCCUCACCCGGAUCUCUGCAGUUCAAAUUGGAAGGGGGGAGCAGGUCAGCCACCAGCAAGGCCAUCCCCAUCCCCACGGCGGACAAGAAGGACCGCGCCGCGUCAAAGGUGCGAAAGACCCAGAAGCGCAAGAACUCGAGCUCGACGUCGCCGCUCCUGUCGACGUCGGCCGCGUCCAGGCUCGCCGGGGCGGCGGCGGCGACGACAGCAGCAGCAGCAGCACAGGGGGGCACGCCAGGGUCAGCAGGUCCCGAGAACCCGGUGUUCCUCUUCUGCAACGCGACGCCGGACACGUGGGCCAAGGGCGGCGGGGGGUUCGACGGGACGCCAGACGCGUCCAAGGCGUCGCAGAAGGGCCGCAAGGGCGCGCUGUCGACGGACACGCGGGCCAACGCGCUGGCGGUGCGGCAGAAGGGGGCGUGCUUCUGCUGCCACGUGCGCAAGGUCAAGUGCGACCAGCAGCGGCCGUGCCGCAGCUGCGAGCGGUUCUGCGCGCAGGUGCCGCAGGCGGUGUGCUGGCAGUUUGACGACUUCACGCGCGCGCUGUUCCCGGGCUUCAUCCGCGUGCACUUUGCGCGCGACGAGCUGGCGCGCUUCGUCGCCGACAACGUCGCCAGCUUCACGCUCAACGGCGCCGAGCACCCGGACGUCACGGUGGUGCUGUCGUCGGGCGCCGGCCUGCGGUCGAAGCUGUCGGUCAGGGCCAAGUUCUUCACGCCGCGGGCGCACAACUCGGACGUCAUGGAGCACUGGUUCCACACGGCGGGCGGCGCCGGCGCCGGGGGCGGCGUCGAGCUCGAGGCGCUCAGGUCGGCGCCGCUGGGGCUGGACGCCGAGGGCGCGGGCCCGUCGUUCCGGGCGGAGCUGAAGCGCAAGCUCGAGAAGUACGUCGACGACAUGGUGCAGGAGCCCGGGUGGUCGGCGCAGCUGGCGGCGGGCAUGGAGCGCAAGACGGGCCUGCCCGGGCGCGUGCUGCUGGCGGCGCAGCGGUACGCGCAGCAGUCCGGGUCGGCCAUCGUGCGGCGGGCGCUGGGCGUGUACACCAUGUACUACCUGCUGGCGCACCACCUGACCAUGACGCCGCAGUGCGUCGAGAGCCUGCGGCACAUCAACCCGGUGGUGGCCAGCGGGCCGUGGAUGACGCCGCGGCUGCUCAACCGGCAGAUCAAGGCGCUGGUGGACGGCCUCGUCGCCGAGGGCGUGGCGGCGCUGUUCGACGAGUUCGGCAAGCUGCUCAAGAAGCGGCACCGCGACCAGUGGGCCCCCUGCACGGCGGCGCUGGUCGUCUUCUGCCUGCUCAUGGAGUCCAUCCAGGCCUCGGCCGACAUCUACGCCAUCUCCGAGAUCGAGAUGGACAUGCGCAAGAACCGCCCCGCCGUCUUCCGCCGCGCAGAGGCCCUCGCGGCCAACAAGGCCAUCGAGGACAUGCCCUUCAAGCAGCUUGCCUUCCAGUUCCACCAGAUCUACCAGUCGCACUCGAGGGACGCCUCGGCCAGGGCCUUCAACCCGCUGGUCGAGAACGCCCACGCCCAGGCCGUCGAGCUGGACAGCGCCGCGCUCGAGUUCGUCAUGACCCUCAGGGGCAUGGUGCACGGGGAAUACAGCGAGCUGGACUGGCUGACGCCAGCCCCCAUGGCACCUGCGGGCGAGAGCCACCCGUACCCGCGCAACGUCGAAGAGGAUUACAUUGGGCGCCUGAUGUCCAAGUUCCUGUUGUCCUUCCUGGACAGCAGGUAUAUCACUGGGGACUGCUAGCUCCUUGUGCCAGGAAGAGAAGAACAGACCCGACUGGCGGCCAUGGGUGUCGAGUGUGUUUUGCUUUUUUGUUUUCAGGUCAGCCUAGCGAUGAAAGGGGGGAAUCUCGAUCACGGUAUGAUCUUUGGGUCUCAAACCGGCUCUGGAAUGAGCAAGCCGACCUGGUUGCAUGUCAAUGCGGGAGUUACCGACGGGCGAUUGGUUGGUUGACUGAUUGAUUGAUUGAUUGAUCUGCUUUGCUUCACAGGAUUCUAUCCGAGAACGGUCUACUUGACUAGAUAGAGGCGACAAGAAAAAAAAGAGACUGCAUCAAGUGCAAUAUAAUGUAGGCGAAAGCCAUGGUUUUCCCCAGCCCCAUAGAUCGACGAUCUCGGCGAACGGAGUGGAAUAUGGCGUCUUCAGUGGGAGUGUUCCACCAGGCUCAAGCGUUUUACCGCGAACCCGGCUUUCCAAACCCCGAUUGAUCUAGGACCUGUCGAUUGGAAAUUGACAUCAUGGGGAUUUGAUGGCUCCUUGGUGUGAUCGAACUGCCUCAGCAAUCAACCCUGAAUUCGCACGAGGCGAACAGAGGAUCGCUGGGCACAGGUCCAGUUGUGUGUGUGUGUGUUUUGUGUGCAAAGGGCCGUGAUGACGGUAUGACUGGUCGAGUGCCUCUCCUUGGCAGACGGCCUUGAUGACUGAGCACGAGACUCUCCAACUUCAGGACGGGCCGGUCGGCAAGGUUGAGGGCUUCUGAUGGAAAUGACAGCCACGAUUACGGCCGUCUCCUCCUCAGAAGCACCUUGACGCGUUCGAGGCCGACCAGUCGCGUGUCGAGUUGUGAGUGACCAAUCUCUUGUUCAUUCGCCCAUCAUUCGUCUUCCUCGCUGGUUUCAUUUCCAGCUCGCGAUGCUGGCGAGAUGUCUGUCCUCAUUAGUCCUGCUGUUGCACUUUGAUCUACACCAGCAGGGUGGAUUGGACGGGUUGUCUAGACCCUGGUUUUGCUCUUCCACUCGAACGAUAUAAAAAAGUUGACCGUCUUGUGCAUAGAGAGAACACAGCGGUAGGCAAUUCGUGGUUGAAGACGAGCGUUCUCGCUGUCUUUUGGGGGUGUUUGGAGACGAGACAAAGGAGAAGGAAUGCGGCAGUCUGCCCAGUUUGCACUGGAUUGACUGCCUGUGAGACAAGGAGAAUGGCUUCAAACCUGUGUCGAGCUGCGAAGUCAUAUCCGUGCUGCACUCAGUUCCAGCCGAGAAGACAUCUCGUCUGGCGGGCAAGACGCUGCUUCGAGCUGCUGCGACGCGACGCGCUACGAUGCUGUGGAAGGGUGGUUGUGGCGUUUGGUAAGAGAAGAGGAAGGAGUGCAAAACGCAAGCGUUGACGUCGAAAACUUUUAUGGGAGGCCGGG